UGGAAAAGGGCGCGGCUAGUGGGUAGAUCUGGAAGUGUCCGUUACGUUAGGUUACAAUUUACACCUCUUCGCCCUUCCCAAUUCUCCCAUUCAAAUCCUUUGCCCUAACAAAUAACAAAUAACAAUCUCUUCUCAGCAACCAGACAGGAACAAACAAUGGACAAGUACGAGAAGCUGGAGAAGGUGGGAGAAGGAACCUACGGGAAAGUGUACAAAGCAAGGGAGAAAGCCAGCGGAAAAUUGGUGGCGCUGAAGAAAACGCGUCUGGAAAUGGACGAAGAAGGGGUACCUCCGACGGCGCUGCGCGAAGUCUCCCUCCUCCAACUCCUCUCCCAGUCCCUCUACAUCGUCCGCCUCCUAAACGUGGAACACGUGGACAAGGUCCCCAAGGCCCACGCCGCCUCCUCCAACCCCCAGGCCCACACCAAGCCCAUCCUCUACCUCGUCUUCGAAUACCUCGACACCGACCUCAAGAAGUUCAUCGAUUCCCACCGCAAGGGCCCAAACCCUAGGCCUCUUCCCCCCUCCCUCCUCCAGAGCUUCCUCUUUCAGCUCUGCAAGGGCGUCGCCCACUGCCACGGCCAUGGAGUCCUCCACCGCGACCUCAAGCCGCAGAAUCUUCUCCUCGACCAGCACAAGGGGAUUCUCAAGAUCGCCGAUCUUGGCCUUGGUCGCGCUUUCACCGUUCCUCUCAAGAGCUAUACUCAUGAGAUUGUCACUCUCUGGUACAGGGCCCCUGAGGUUCUCCUUGGCGCCACCCAUUACUCCACCGGAGUUGAUAUCUGGUCCGUUGGCUGCAUUUUUGCUGAAAUGGUCCGAAGGCAACCUCUCUUUCCUGGCGAUUCUGAGUUCCAGCAGCUCAUUAACAUAUUCAAGAUGUUGGGGACUCCAACCGAGGAGCAAUGGCCGGGAGUUACUUCUCUGCGGGAUUGGCAUGUUUACCCACGCUGGGAGCCUCAGAGCUUGGCUAGGAAUGUGCCCACCUUAGGACCUGACGGACUCGACCUUCUCUCGAAAAUGCUUAGGUAUAAUCCUUCUGAGAGAAUAUCUGCCAAGGCGGCACUUGAUCAUCCCUACUUCGACAGUCUUGACAAGUCUCAAUUUUAGUUGUGCCUCUAAGUCAAAAGGUUUUGUGCAGGAAGUGUCUGUUAAGCAGUGUUAUAAUAGCAGUCUAUGAAAAUUAAUUCAUGGAUGGAGUUCAAAGAUAUGUCACUUUUUUUGUGUUAAAUUUCGUCAUCAUCUUGGUGAUAUGAACAGUCCACUCUUUAGGUCAGUUCAUGAUUACCAUAGUCUCUGUAGGACCCGUGAAGAACUUAAUGCUCCUCAAAAGUUGUAUUUUCUGUUGAAAUGGAAAGGGAUAGUCUAUGACUAUGUUUUUAACUAUGAUAGUGCAUAAUAUUUUAUCAUUUAAGGCU